AUGGAAGCCUUUAGCAUACCGGGUGCUAGAGAUGGACGGUUAUGUAACUGUACGGUACCCUGCAGUUGGUACGAUAGGGCAGUUAGAGGGAGUAGUAAGAGGGGGGGGGGGAAGGUGGGGGAUGCAGCAAUUGAUGUGUUUUGUAAAAGGUUAACCGUUGCAACGGGGCAGAUCGCUAAGGAAAGGACACACACACACACAAAAAAAAAAACACCGGUAGGAUACAGUAGAGCACGAGUAAGUGAGAGGUAUAGUAUUACGAUAUCUUAGUAGUGAGAGGCUUGUUAGUCUACCGGUAGUGCAUUACAACGCCUCAAAUUGCGCCACGGAUCACGAAUCAUCACUCUGGAAUAAAGUCAAGUUCAAAAAUAGUGAUUUUUCA